AUGGAAUCAGCUUAUAGGACAUGGCUGAGAGCAAGGAAAGAAGGAUUAGUGCCACCACAACAUUUAGAUGAACUUGGGAGAGAGCUUCAAAUGGCUUUAGGCACUGCCAAAUGGCAGUUAGAAGAGUUUGAAAGAGCUGUUCGUAUGAGCUACAGAAGCCAUGGGGAUGACAUCACUGUCAACCGACACACCCAAUUUGUUUCGGCCAUUGAAGAUCAAAUCUCAAACGUCGAGACAGCUUUCAAAGAAUCGUUUAACGAAAACGGUAGAAAGCCUUUUCGUUGGGUAAAUCUCGACGAACAAGAAUGUGAUGACCUGGCACUUUUCCUCUCCGGAACUUCUGGGACUCCACAAAUGGCCUCCAAUGAGAAAACCCACACGAGGGAGAAUAGCUCCGUUGAUUCUCAAAUUAGUUCCAAAGUCCAAGUGCCGAAUCAAGAAAUGAAGCUUUCAGAAAUUGUUCCAAUUAAUGAGGGUGCCAGCCAAGAAGAGAUCAGAGUAGAUGAAGUUAAUUAUCAUGGUGAUCGAUCGGCAAGUAGUCGAAGGCCGUGGAGUUCGCCAAAGAAGGGUACUUUGGAGAUUGUUAUUGAUGGAGAUGAUAGAGAGGGAAAUGCAUUGAUUGAACGAACAUCGAAAGAGAAGGUGUCGAGACCUUUGGUAUCGAGCCAUAACCAGUCGAGAAUGAUCAGCUGGAUAAAUCAGCGCUUCGGAGGCUAUAGAAGUCAGAGACAGCAGCUGGGUUUAACUGUGUUGCCCAUCAAUUCCAUUCACGAGAUGACUUGA